AUGUCUCAGAAGCGAAGGGAGAAGGUGGAUACAGGCCCGGUUCCACGGAAGCAUGGUGCAAUGGAGAAGACGUCCUCCCCUGAUCAGCCCCGCCGACAGGCGCAGGGCAUCCAGCGGCCUGUCAAGACUGAAGCACGACUUGCCGGUGAGAAGAAGCACAAGACUGCUGCACAUAUCACCGGAGAGAAAAAGCACACGAGAGGCAAUAGUGCAUCUUUUCCCACGGAAAGAACCACGCCACUAGUCAAAGCAAGAACGAGUUCCGGCUGUUCCGAUGAAUGUACCAGUCGUCCGAUCGAUGCUCAGGACCAUGGCAACACUGUUGUUAUCCAGGAACAGAGGCAAGAAUCUGCCGCGAUCAAGAUAGAUAAAGAAGUGGAGUACAUAACCCAAAAGUUGAAUAAGUUGGGAGUGAGAGAUGAUAUUGGCUUUGAGGAGUACUAUGAAUGCUUGAUGAAUCUGCCUCCCGACCCCUCCCUUGAUACUUCCAUCAGACUGGAUGAUACACAUCGUUAUGACAUGGACAUCCAACAUGCGGUGUAUCGCAUCAGAUCCUACAAGUCGUUGUCACAAAAGGAGUCCAAGAAUGAGUUGUGCCGUGAUGAACUGAAAGAUUGCCCUAUGGAGCUUCUUGACAGGGAAGAAUUUCCUACAGAUUUCCUCGUGAAGAUGAAAUAUUUUAGGUUCUUGGAGGAAGAAGGUGUAUUAGACUGGUUCUUCCACCCUGAACUCUGCAAGCUUGCUUGCCUGAAUGACUACCAGCGUCUAGUGCCUCGGGAUCAUGGUGUUGUUUUCGAUUGGGAGUACGCUGAUUGGGAGUUGUACCGCAGUUACUUCCAUAGCUAUGAGAUGCAACAUGAAUACAUCGAGUACUUUGAAACAUUAUUAAGGGAACUUAAGUGGUUGAAAGAUUGUCUACUGGUUAAGGAUGCUUCUCCUAUUGCAAGCAAAAUAGAGACCAGAGGAAUUUAUCAAGCAACUAAGAUCGCCACUCGCUUUCCCAAGAUCACAACUCAUCUAGUUCGUAUUGGCUUCAGUGAUUGUGUUACUUACAUGGGCAUUGAGGCUAGGUGGUGUGAUGGAUCCGAUGGUCUCCAUUUCGAGAUUUGGAAGCGAGUCACUCAACAAAAGGAGAGUUUCGAAAAUGCUUUGAAGGAAGUCUAUUUACUGAACAAGUGUCCGUCGCGGCAAGAUAGCAUUGAGUAUGCCAUAGAGUAUGACCAUUCCGUUAUGAAACUAGAGUUUCUUCAUUGCACGGCAAGAGUUCCCAAGGAAGUAUCAGAGGAUAAAGCUCAGGAGUUGAUUACAGAGAGAGUUAAAAAGCUGAGGAUAAAACCCAAAUUCUUUGCUGACUAUAUCAGAAAGAAGAUAGACAUUGCCAAAACUAUAGGAUUGAUUACCGAGGUUUAA